UCUUUACUUCAAGGAAAAUAAAUUAAAAAAUGAAAGGAAGGUAACUGGAAUUUCAAAAUUUUCAAUAAUUUCGUGCACUUCCAAGUAGUUUGUUAAUCUUUCAAAGGAGAGAUUAUUUUGAUUGAUGGUCUUUGCCACGAUAUAAAUAAUAGCCUCGCAAGUGAUUUACUCAAUUCGCUGGUUUAAAAGUGGGUAAAAAUGACACGACUCUUGACUUUUGUGAUUUUUUUAACCGUGCUGGUGGCAAUACACGGCGAUUCAUGUUCCGGAGCAAAAAAGGACUUGAGUGAAGUGAAAGCUGAAAACAUCAGGUAUUCACUUGAAGUCUACUAUCAGCUUUUGUUGUACAUUAAAGAGAAUAACCUCUUGGAUAUUGACAACUGUCCGAGAUGCAGGUGCUUCAGUGAUGGCACUUGCGUUGAUUUGUGCGAUGGUGGAAUAUGGCCUUGAGUGUAUUUUUCAUAUAUUAAACUAAAUAAAAAGGAUAUUUUAUAA